UACGUGAAGUCAGUCAAUGGCUUCGAAGGUAUCACUGGUGAAGCUGUGAUGUAAUUUGGAUAUUUGUAGUCUGGUCAAUUUGACGAAAAGUAAUAUAAUACUUGUCACGAAUUCAGUCUUAAAAAGAAUAAUUUAAGUCAGCACAAUGGCAAAUGCCGUAUACAACCUUCUUUUUAAACGAUCAUCUACAUUCACUUUAGUUAUUAUAGCAAGCAGUUUUAUGUUCGAACGAGCUGUUAAUUUAUUUACGGAUAAAAUGUUCGAUAGUAUAAAUAAAGGGAAACAAUGGAAAGAUAUUAAACACCAGUAUGAAAAAUAGGUAAAAUAAAUGUUAAUUCCACUGCAUUAGAUGUACAUGUACAUAUACAAUGGUGUAUUGGCUAGGAGCAUCAUAUUUCUUUAAUUAUACAAAUAAAAAAUAAUUCGUUACAUACAAUCUA